CUUCCUUCCUCCAACUUUUCUUUUUUUCUCCAUUUCUUUAGUUAAUUUCAGAAAGAAAAAGGUGCAAGAAUUACAAUGUUUAUUUCUUCUCUACAACAAGAUUUGUUUGAGUUGAUUUUUUGCAUAUGAUUGAACAAUCAAUGGCUGAACUAUAAACUUGAUUACGACUUGAAUUUCGAUAAAUAACGAACGAAGAUUCGACAGAAACGGCUCUGCAUUUGAGCAGAAAUGGCAGUGCUUAAGCUACCAGUUGCAGUAACGUGCGGAAGAACUAAUGGUACAGAAUGUGCAGCAAGAAGAACGUUAAACAAACCCUUUUUAGUUAAUUCUUCAACAUGGAACAAUUAUCUUGGAUCAACAUCUACCAAGAGGUCUAAAUUGAACAAUGUUAUUAGAAAUUGUGGGUUAUCCACUGACGGCAAAGCUGUUGAUUACAACCUAGAUUCUUCUAAUCUUGAAGAGAAAUUUGGAGAUCGACUCUCAAAUGAAGGAGCUAUUGCAUUGUCAGGGACAUCUAUUGAUCAAUCGCCAACUCAGGAUGUACAAACUGAGCUUAUAGUGCUUUGUUUGCCUGCUAUUGCUGGACAAGCAAUUGAACCAUUGGCACAACUAAUGGAGACAGCUUAUAUUGGACGAAUGGGUGCAUUGGAGUUGGCAUCAGCUGGCAUUUCUGUAUCAAUCUUUAACAUAAUAUCAAAGGUGUUCAAUAUCCCUCUCCUGAGUGUGGCAACGUCUUUUGUGGCUGAAGACAUCUCUAAGUAUGCAGAUGAGGAUAACACUGCUGCUGAAAGAAAGGCACUUCCGUCUGUCUCCACUGCCUUAGUUUUAUCUGCUGGGAUCGGUUUGAUUGAAGCUGCAGCAAUGUAUCUCGGUUCUGGACCAUUUCUCAGCAUCAUGGGUUUAUCAACGGAUUCAACCAUGCGCAUUCCAGCAGAGCAUUUUCUUAAACUUAGAGCGCUUGGUGCUCCAGCUGUUGUGCUUUAUCUGGCUGUGCAAGGCAUCUUCCGUGGGUUUAAGGACACAAGGACCCCUGUAAUGUGCUUAGGAUUGGGGAAUCUGUCAGCUGUACUUUUCUUUCCCAUCUUCAUGUAUACUUUUCAACUGGGCAUCACUGGUGCUGCCAUUUCUACUGUUGCAUCUCAAUAUAUCGUGGCCAUUUUGAUGUUAUGGAAGCUUAAUGAAAAGACAGUGUUGCUGCAACCAAACAUUAGGAACUUACACUUUGGUGGCUAUUUGAAAUCUGGUGGUUUCCUUCUUGGGAGAACUCUAGCUGCUGUUCUUACAGUAACUUUGAGCACAUCAAUGGCGGCUCGAUUAGGAGCAAUACCCAUGGCUGCCCAUCAGAUAUGCUUGCAAGUAUGGUUGUCUGCCUCGCUACUGGCAGAUGCCCAAGCUGCAUCUGGUCAGGCUCUCAUUGCAAGUUCUUUUGCAAGGAAGGACUAUGGCAGAGUUAAGUUGAUCACACAUGUAGCUUUAAAGACAGGAUUAGCUACUGGAAUUUUGUUAGCCAUUAUAUUGGGUCUAUCCUUUCCAUCUUUCGCGAGGUGCUUUACAAAUGACUCUCAAGUGCUAGACAUUGUUAGAUCUGGUUUACUGUUUGUUAGUGCCAGUCAACCCCUAAAUGCUCUAGCCUAUAUUUUUGAUGGGCUACACUAUGGUGUUUCGGAUUUUCCAUAUGCAGCUAUCUCAAUGAUGAUCGUGGGUGCUCUCGCUUCAAUAUUUCUGAUUUAUGCUCCUCCUAUUAUUGGACUUCCUGGUGUUUGGUCUGGUUUGACUAUUUUCAUGGGGUUGCGCUCAGUGGCUGGUUUCAUGAGAUUAUCAGCUAAAAAUGGUCCAUGGUGGUUCUUACAGGACUCACAAGAAAAUGAGGUUGCAUCAUCAUAGGACUGCUUUGAGAUGAGAAGCUACAGGCAUUUCGAAUGAAGUGAAAUCUUUUAGGGAAAUGGAGCUACAAUUGCACUACUGACCAAAAAAGUUGAUUGAAUACAUAAAUCAGCUAUGGUGUAAACUUUCUCAACUUCACCUUACCAAGUAAAAUCAUCUGUUACUAUGCUACCCAAACCGUAGGACUUCUAUUCUCUUACAAACUUUGUAUACAGCAACCAAUACCCUGUAAAUUUCAUUUCACAAAUAAAUGAAAGAAGAAUCUUCACAUGGUUCUUCUAUGUGUAGACCAAAUUGAGUGGAAGACUUGAUGUUUGUGGGGGAUGGUAAAACAAAAUUCAUGGGUGGAUAAUCCCAUAUUCAUCCUGAAUAGCUAGCCAUUAAACCAUAGUACUUAUUAGCUAUCCAACCUAGUCAAUAGAAUGAUAAAAUUUGUUUUAUUUUUUGGAUUUUACUUAUAUUUACAGUCACUUUAACCAAA